AUUUGGUAUUUAGAUUUUUAUGACACUUUUUAAGAACAGAUAACGAAGAAUACCUACCAUUGCCAAGAUAUUAAAAUAAACGAACAAGUCAAGCCCUGUUUGUGACAAGAGUUCAACCUGACACGAGACAAUGGAAGGACGUAGAAACAUCCUAUACAUUGUUGUGGUGCUUCUUCAAUUGAGCAUAGAAUAUGCCAGAUCAGUAGAAAACGACAGUUUGAAUUAUAAUUACUUUGAUGAGAUGGCCCAAACUUAUUGUGCUUCGAAGAGUCCUGGUUGGGUGUUCGCUAUUAGGAGAAAUUGUGAUAAUGCGCCGACAUGUCACGAUAUUUGUGCAAGUGCUACAAGCUCUAUUCUAGGAUCUAUCGAUCGGAUAGACAGCGUGUCAUGUUGCGAUGCAGUCCAAAUUAAAAAGAAUCAUCCCGUACCAAAAGCCAACUCUGAAGAAGACCAACCUGAUUCUGGAAAAGUUAAUCUGUUUUCAUAUGGAUACGGCCCUAGAGGAUGCACAUGGAGACCUAAUGACUGCGGACCGAACUAUUGUUGCUGCAAAGCUUUUUAAUUCAAACAACAUACAUACAUACAUACAUGUAUAUCUUUUUUUUUUACUAAAACUUUAGAUUGUAUACAAUGUAUUUUGUAUUAUUAAAGCGGCGUGUAUUGAGGUGCUUUCAAUUUUGCCAUCAAAAUGUCAUAUUUUCCACCUGUACGAAAAGUAUAACUUUUUCUAAGAAGUGUUACGCACUACUGCUCGAGGAGAUGAUGCUAUUGUAUAUUGAGAUUUUUUGAGAGUUUAAAGCAUCACGCCUUUAGAUUCAUGUUAAUUUUCAUGAUAAUGUAUCAAAAAAGUAAAAUAUUGUAAAUUGAACAAAGAAAAUAAUUUUUACAUUGCAAAAAGCACUUACAACCCAUGUAAAUUACCAGAAUGAGAUCAAAAUAUGCAAAAUUUCCCUACUGGUAAUUUGUCGCAUAUUACAUGGAUAUUAUUACUUUACUAAAGUCUCAUUACUUUUUUCUCAUGUUUGAAUUUCUUGAAAUAUCUUGUUUCAUCUUGAGGCAUGUAGCCACCACCUAUUUGUACAGAGCAUUUUGAAAGUCUUUAUAUAACAAUGACCCAGUAAGAUUGGUAAUUAUACCCCCGCACAACAAAGUUGUAAGGGGGAAAACUGGAAUCAGCUUGUCCGUCCGUCCGGCCGUCCGGCUGUCCAGCGUCCGGCUGUCCGUCGGUUUUUUCUUGUCCGCCGAAUAACUUAAGAUUCCUUUGACCCUUAGUCUUCAUAUUUGGCAUGGAGGUUAUUCAUGAUUAGUAGAUGACCCCUAUUGAUUUUGAGGUCACUAGGUCAAAGGUCAAGGUCACAGGGGCCUUGACUUCAAAAAGCUUGUCCGCCAAAUAACUUAAGAUUCCUUUGACCCAUAGUCUUCAUAUUUGGCAUUGAGGUUAGUUAUGAUUAGAAGAUGACCCCUAUUGACUUUGAGGUCACUAGUUCAAAGGUCAAGGUCACAGGGGCCUUGACUUCCAAAAGCUUGUCCGCCAAAUAACUUAAGAUUCCUUUGACCCACAGUCUUCAUAUUUGGCAUGUAGUUUAGUCAUGAUUAGUAGAUGACCCCUAUUGACUUUCAGGUCACCAGGUCAAAGGUCAAGGUCACAGGGACCUUGACUUCAAAAAGCUUGUCCGCCCAAUAACUUAAGAUUCCUUUGACCCACAGUCUUCAUGUUUGGCAUGAAGGUUAGUCAUGAUUAGUAGAUGACCCCUAUUGAUUUCGAGGUCACCAGGUCAAAGGUCAAGGUCACAGGGACCUUGACUUCAAAAAGCUUGUCCGCCCUAUAACUUAAGAUUCCUUUGACCCACAUUCUUUAUAUUUGGCAUGGAUAUUGAUCAUGAUUAGUAGAUGACUCCUUUUGAUUUUGAGGUCACCUGAUCAAAAGUCAAUGUCAUAGGGACUUUGACUUCAAAAAGUUUGUCCACCCACUAACUUAAGAUUCCUUUGACCCACAGUCUUCAUAUUAUGCAUGGAUGUUGAUCAUGACUAUAAAGUGACCCCUAUUGAUUUUGAGGUCACUGGGUCAAAAGUAAAGGUCACAGGGACAUUGACAAAAAAAGCUUUCCUUCUCAAUUGCUAAAGAAUGUCCUGUCCGCAAUGUAUUGAUUUUGACAUUUUCACAUUUGAAGCAUGUAGAAUACAUAACUUAGCAAUGCACUGGCUUAGUAACCUCAGAUUUGGCAGGGAGGUUGUCCUUGAACUCUAAAUGGCCACUGUUGAUUGUGACAAAGUGGUAUGCGGGGGUAUUCAUGCCAUGAUAGUGGCAGUUCUAGUCAGCUUUUACUUAUAUACAAGGAUGCUCACAGCAAGAAAUUGCAGACGACAGAUGAAAAAUGAUUGAUAGUAAAAGGAUUUUUAUAAACGAUAUAUAUCUAUAUACAUUUAUUAUAACAUUUAUUAGAUCUAAACAAAAAAAAAUAUUUGUGUUUUGUGUUUAAAUUGACUGUUAUGAAUAAAGUGUUAGGAUCUUUUUCUUUUAUUUACAUGUAAAUGACAAAGAACGAUAUUUUACAUGAAAUGUAAAGCUACUCGUCCACAGAAAACGGGUCUGAAAACAUGAACAUACAAACAUGUUAGUUUAAAACCAGAUUACCAAGAUAUAUUCUUCUUUUUGUCUUUUUUUUGUAGACAUAAUUUUUAUGACAUAAAGUACAGCAAUCGAUUGUAGAAUAAAAAAACUUAAUAUCAAGCACACAUUUUUUCUACCCGCAACCAACUGAUUUACUUGCAAAUACACUUAGAUGAUUUUUCGUCGGACAAGACAAGUAUUAAUUAUCUAGUACCAUGUAAGUGUAUGAACCUGCGGUAUAAUUUCAUCUUUUGAUCACAUUCUAUUAAAAGACUCGCCCAAGCUACAAUGUGUGGGAAAGUAGUUUAAAGAAAUUGUUGUUGAAAGGCAAUUUCAUGCCUUCGAAAAAAUACUAUAAGUUUGUGUUCGAACUUUUGAUAAAAUCGCUAUAUACAAUUUGAAUAAUAUAUAAUAUGUCAGAAUUUGUAUUGCUCAUAUCAAGAAAUAUGAAAUAUGUAUGUAUAUGCAUGUAUAUACACAUAAAUAAACAGAUCAUUUCCACCUGA